AUGUGUAUUAGAGUAACUUGUGGUUACUUGAUUUUGUUGGGUGAGGAAACCAACGACUUUUGGCUUGUGAAUCUUAUCACAAGGCAUGAACUUCAUUUCCCUAAUGUCCCCGAUGAAUUCUUUUGUUGCCUUGGAGAUGUCAGGGUUAUCCUUGUCUUUUCACCUUCAAUACUUGGGUGGGUGUUUGUUGUGAUAAAUAUAUACACUAUUAAAAUAUGGUUUUCACUAGCGGGUAAACAAGAAUGGACUCAUGUCUCCUCCCCUUUUUACAUUCAUGAUUUACAUGUUUUCAAGGGGAAGAUAUAUACCAUAAACUCUAUUCUUCUAUCGUAUCAAGUGAGGCUAUGUGAAAUGAGACUCUAUCCAGAACCUAGAUUGGUGGUACUCGAGACCGAGAGUCUUCCAAAACCAAAUUUUAGACUUCCUGAGUUUGUCAGUUGUGGUGAAAAACUUUAUGUGAUAAAUCGGGUUUCAAAACAUCCUUACAAGAUUCAUGAACUAGAUUUUGAUGAAAUGAAAUUGGUGUCACGUAAAAAGACAGGACAAGAAUAUACAUUCUUUCUUAGGGACUGGAAGUAUCAUAAUCCUGAUGUUAUGCAAGAGUUGUGGGUUGACGUUAGCUCACAGUACGGGAGAUAUGUUGUCACUGAUCAAUGUGGAAAAGGCAAGUUCUUUCAUGCAAGCAUGUGGUAUUUCUUCCAUGAUUUUUUAAUGUUAAUCUCCAACAUGAGUGAUGACUUGUUAGCACGUUUAUCUUAA